AUGGUCCUUGCAGCCAUAGCAGGCGGCACUUCGCCCACCCUCGGUCGCUCGAUCGUCACUGCAAUUCUAGAAGCUGGCAAUCACACGCCUAUUAUCCUGUCCCGCUCCAAGCCUGAAUCAUAUUCCGCACCUACAUCGCAGCAUGGCGCGAAGAUUCGCUACGUUGACUACAGCUCCAUCCCGUCCCUGACCAGAGGUCUAGAAGGCGUGCACACAGUCAUCUCGGUGCUAAACCCCACAGAUCCCGCCGAGAUGCUGGAUUACCACUCGAACCUGCUGAAAGCCGCUAGAAGCGCGGGAUGUAAACGAUUCGCCCCUUCUGAGUGGGAGGGUGGGCCGCUAAGCAAGCAGAAGGUUGAAUUGCUACGCUCGAAGCUGGAUGUUUGGAAGAUGUGCGAGGAAAGUGGCCUCGAAUGCGCGAGGUUCACACCUGGUUGGUUUAUGAACUACCUUGGACAAGGAUGUCCGGAGUCAAAGAAUGAAGAGGCGAUCGCUGGGCUGGAUGAUGGUUUUAUGAUCGACUACGUUGAUAUUGCCAAGGGGAAGAUGACUGUGCCGCUUGCGGAAGACGGACGGCCAGCAAAGAUGAGCAUGACGGAGCUGGGAGACAUCGGUAGAUUCGUCGCCGCAGCUUUAGACCUUGCGGAGGGGGAGUGGGAGGCGGAUAUGGGAAUGGUCGGGAGUACAGUGGACCUGGAAGAGGUGGCCCGCAAAGCCGAGCAGGUGACGGGAAGGACAUUUGAGAUCAAGAGUAUCACGAAAGAAGAACUGAAGCAGCGUGAAGACGAUCUUGAUCAGCGGCUGGCAGAAGCGUUCUCGGUCGAUGCGCUGCUGGCCAAGAUGGUUGUGCAGCUAAUGCAAUGCGCUUGUGAGGAACAGGUUGGGAAUCAGAUGAUUGACCCGGUACUCAACAGGCUCUGUCCAAAUGUUAAGCCGCUUGGUUUUGAGGAAUACCUGCAGCGCUUUUGGACCAGCUAG